CGGCGGGCGCCGUUGCUUGGCGCGGCGGGAUCCGGAGCCCUCAGCGCUGAGGGGAGGAAGGAGGAGGAGCCGCAGCUGCUGCUGCUGCCGCCGCCGCCGCCGGAGUCGGCCACUUUUCCCUCCCCAUCAUGGCUGAGCCGCCAGGCGGUAACGGCGCCGUGUCUCCGCCGGCCAGCUUGCCCCGGGAGGUCCGCGAGCAGCUCGCCGAGCUGGAGCUGGAGCUCUCGGAAGGGGACAUUACGCAGAAGGGGUAUGAGAAGAAAAGGGCAAAGCUGUUGGCUCCAUAUUUCCCACAGACCCAAGGGGUCGACCCAGGUCUGCAAAAGGAACCCCGAAAUCAGACACCCACUCCAGCAGCAGCACCAUCUUCAUCCAAGUAUCAUCGGGCACGAUCUGGGGGAGCUAGAGAUGAACGCUAUCGAUCCGACAUCCAUACGGAGGCAGUGCAAGCUGCAUUGGCAAAACACAAGGAACAGAAGAUGGCCCUGCCGAUGCCAACAAAAAGACGGUCCACAUUUGUACAGUCUCCAGCUGAUGCCUGCACCCCUCCAGACACGUCUUCUGCAUCCGAAGAUGAAGGGUCGCUCAGGCGCCAGGCUGCUCUAUCUGCUGCAUUGCAUCAGAGCUUACAGAAUGCUGAGUCAUGGAUCAACCGAUCUAUUCAGGGGUCAUCCACAUCUUCAUCAGCAUCUUCUACACUAUCCCAUGGAGAAGGCAAAGGGACCAGUGGGUCACUAGCCGAUGUAUUUGCCAAUACUCGAAUAGAAAAUUUCUCAGUUCCCCCGGAUGUUACUGCAACUACCUCCACACCUGCUUCCUCUGCCCGCCCAUCUGCUAUUGACCUCCCUCCAUCAGGAAUAGUGAAGGGCAUGCACAAAGCAUCCAACCGGUCUAGCCUUAUGGACACAGCCGAUGGUGUCCCUGUAAGUAGCAGAGUCUCAACAAAAAUCCAACAGCUGCUCAAUACUCUGAAGCGACCCAAGCGGCCACCUCUGAAGGAGUUUUUUGUGGAUGAUUUUGAAGAAAUUGUUGAAGUUCCACAGCCAGACCCAAAUCAGCCCAAGCCAGAGGGACGUCAGAUGACGCCUGUGAAGGGAGAACCCCUGGGAGUAGUUUGCAACUGGCCUCCUGCUUUAGAAGCCGCUUUGCAACGCUGGGGGACAACGCAGGCCAAAUGCCCUUGUUUGACAGCCCUGGAUGUUACUGGGAAGCCAGUCUACACACUGACAUAUGGCAAGCUGUGGAGCAGAAGUCUGAAGCUGGCCUAUACGCUGUUGAAUAAACUGGGCACCAAAAAUGAGCCUGUCUUGAAGCCUGGAGACAGAGUAGCCCUUGUUUAUCCCAACAAUGAUCCUGUCAUGUUCAUGGUGGCGUUCUAUGGCUGUUUGCUAGCUGAAGUCAUCCCAGUGCCGAUAGAGGUACCUCUAACCCGAAAGGAUGCUGGUGGCCAGCAAAUUGGCUUUCUUCUAGGCAGCUGUGGCAUUGCUUUGGCUCUCACUACUGAGGUUUGCUUAAAGGGUCUCCCCAAAACGCAGAAUGGAGAAAUUGUGCAGUUCAAAGGUUGGCCUAGGCUCAAGUGGGUUGUAACAGAUUCCAAGUACCUCUCUAAGUCACCAAAGGACUGGCAGCCCAACAUUUCAAACGCGGGGACUGAGCCAGCUUACAUUGAGUACAAGACCAGCAAGGAGGGGAGUGUGAUGGGUGUGACCGUGUCACGAAUUGCUAUGCUGGCUCACUGCCAGGCUUUGUCUCAGGCCUGCAACUACUCUGAAGGUGAAACCAUAGUGAACGUCCUGGAUUUCAAGAAAGACGCAGGCUUGUGGCAUAGCAUGCUAACGAGUGUAAUGAACAAGCUGCACACCGUCAGUGUGCCCUACUCAGUGAUGAAAACCUGCCCUCUUUCCUGGGUACAGAGGGUUCACACUCACAAAGCUAAGGUGGCUUUGGUGAAGUGUCGAGAUUUGCACUGGGCCAUGAUGGCUCACCGGGACCAAAGAGAUGUCAGCUUAAAUUCCCUGCGGAUGCUGAUUGUAACAGAUGGUGCUAACCCUUGGUCUGUGUCCUCUUGCGAUGCUUUCCUAAGCUUGUUCCAGAGCCAUGGGCUUAAACCGGAGGCAAUAUGUCCUUGCGCAACAUCUCCUGAAGCAAUGACUGUGGCAAUUCGGAGACCUGGUGUCCCUGGGGCACCCUUGCCUGGAAGAGCCAUCUUAUCGAUGAAUGGGUUGAGUUAUAGUGUCAUACGUGUGAACACAGAAGAUAAGAACUCGGCUCUCACUGUGCAGGAUGUUGGACAUGUGAUGCCAGGAGGGAUGAUGUGCAUAGUGAAGCCUGAUGGACCUCCUCAGCUCUGCAAGACAGAUGAGAUUGGCGAAAUCUGUGUUAGCUCCAGAACAGGAGGAAUGAUGUAUUAUGGGCUGACUGGAGUAACUAAAAGCACAUUUGAGGUCAUCCCUAUGAAUUCUGCUGGCUCUCCUGUGGGCGAUGUACCGUUUGUGCGCUCUGGUUUGCUAGGUUUUGUGGGACCUGGCAGCUUGGUAUUCGUCGUUGGAAAAAUAGAUGGGAUGCUCAUUGUUAGUGGACGCAGACAUAAUGCCGAUGACAUUGUGGCCACUGGACUGGCUGUUGAAUCUAUAAAGACGGUUUACAGAGGAAGGAUUGCGGUGUUCUCUGUGACUGUGUUCUACGAUGAGAGGAUUGUGGUGGUGGCUGAACAACGGCCAGAUGCUUCGGAAGAGGACAGUUUCCAGUGGAUGAGCCGUGUGCUGCAGGCAAUCGACAGCAUUCACCAAGUGGGAGUAUAUUGCCUCGCUCUUGUUCCAGCCAAUACUUUGCCAAAAACUCCUCUGGGAGGGAUCCAUAUAUCUCAGACCAAACAACACUUCCUGGAGGGGUCACUGCACCCAUGCAACAUUCUCAUGUGCCCGCACACGUGUGUGACUAAUCUGCCAAAACCCAGGCAAAAGCAACCAGGUGUCGGCCCCGCCUCUGUGAUGGUGGGGAACCUGGUUGCAGGGAAGCGCAUUGCACAGGCCUCUGGGAGAGACCUUGGACAGAUAGAAGAGAACGAUUUGGUGAGAAAGCAUCAAUUCCUGUCUGAGGUGCUCCAGUGGAGAGCACAAGCAACGCCCGAGCACAUGCUUUUCCUCCUGCUCAAUGCAAAGGGGGCCCCUGUCUGUACAGCCACCUGCCUGCAGCUGCACAAGCGAGCUGAGCGAAUCGCAUCGAUUCUGUAUGAAAAGGGACACCUCAAUGCCGGUGAUAACGUGGUGCUGCUCUAUCCUCCUGGCAUCGAGCUCAUUGCAGCAUUUUAUGGCUGCUUGUAUGCUGGUUGCAUCCCUGUGACUGUCCGGCCUCCACACGCUCAGAAUCUCACUGCCACUUUGCCCACCGUGCGGAUGAUUGUAGAUGUUAGCAAAGCUGCCUGUAUCCUCACAAGUCAGACCUUGAUGAGGCUACUGAGAUCCAGAGAGGCGGCAUCUGCUGUUGAUGUGAAAACCUGGCCAACCAUCAUUGAUACAGAUGAUUUGCCCAGGAAGCGGCUACCUCAGGUCUAUAAACCACCAACUCCAGAAAUGUUGGCAUACCUGGAUUUCAGUGUUUCCACAACAGGGAUGCUUACAGGAGUGAAGAUGUCCCAUGCAGCAGUCAGCGCCCUCUGCAGAGCCAUAAAACUCCAGUGUGAACUAUACUCCUCGCGUCAGAUUGCCAUCUGUUUAGAUCCCUAUUGUGGGCUUGGCUUUGCACUUUGGUGCCUUUGCAGUGUGUAUUCUGGUCACCAAUCCAUCUUAAUUCCUCCUAUGGAGCUGGAAUCCAACCUUUUUCUGUGGCUUUCCACUGUAAGCCAGUAUAAAAUACGGGACACUUUCUGUUCCUACUCGGUCAUGGACAUGUGUAAAAAGGGGCUUGGGAAUCAGGUUGAUGUUUUAAAGGCAAGAGGCAUUAACCUGUCUGGUGUCCGGACCUGUGUGGUUGUGGCAGAAGAGCGUCCACGUGUUGCCCUUACUCAGUCCUUCUCCAAGCUCUUCAAGGACAUUGGCCUCUCACCUCGUGCAGUCAGCACCACUUUUGGGUCAAGAGUCAAUGUUGCUAUCUGUUUACAGGGAACCUCAGGGCCUGAUCCUACCACGGUGUACGUGGAUCUGAAAUCCUUAAGACAUGACAGAGUGCGGUUAGUUGAAAGAGGUGCCCCACAGAGCCUGCUGCUCUCAGAGUCAGGCAAGAUACUGCCCGGGGUCAAAGUGAUAAUUGUUAAUCCUGAGACCAAAGGACCAGUUGGGGAUUCUCACCUUGGAGAGAUCUGGGUGAAUAGCCCCCACACUGCCAGUGGUUACUACACAAUCUAUGAUAAUGAAACCCUCCAAGCAGAUCAUUUCAACACCCGCCUGAGCUUUGGUGACGCUGCCCAAACUCUCUGGGCACGAACAGGGUACCUUGGAUUUGUACGCCGAACUGAGCUCACAGCAGCCAGUGGAGAACGCCAUGAUGCACUGUAUAUCGUAGGGGCAUUGGACGAAACUCUUGAACUACGGGGCUUGCGCUAUCAUCCAAUUGACAUAGAGACCUCAGUUUCUCGGACGCACAGGAGCAUUGCUGAAUGUGCCGUAUUCAUGUGGACCAACUUACUUGUGGUGGUUGUGGAGCUAUGUGGCUGUGAGCAGGAGGCCCUCGAUCUAGUCCCUCUGGUUACCAACGUGGUUUUGGAAGAACAUUAUCUAAUUGUGGGCGUUGUGGUAGUGGUCGAUCCCGGGGUGAUUCCAAUCAACUCCAGAGGAGAGAAGCAGCGCAUGCACCUCCGUGACAGCUUCUUGGCUGACCAGCUGGAUCCCAUCUACGUAGCAUACAAUAUGUAAUUUGGGGACCGUGGGGCAUAGUACAGUUUACAAAGCAUUCAAGGACCAGUGAAGUAUGUGCAAACAAACAAACAAAACCUGGUUAACAAUUAGUGAUUAUCGUUGUGAAGCUGG